AGAACAGUAUCACAAAUAACUAAAUAAUUGUUGUAAUGGAGCAAUGGGCAGCAGUCUCAGAACCCGGGAUCUGGGUUCAAGCUGUUCCUUUGAGUGGUCGUGGCUCUAUGUGUGGUGUUUUAAUGUUCUGAAUUACAGCUUUUAUGCAGUAACUGUUAACUGUUAUCUAACUUUGCAAAAAACUAGGGGCAGAUAAAAUAAUGACGUUUUAAGUGUGGACAAUUGUGUUGUACAACUAUAUUCUAAACAUAGGUUCUAAAGUGAAUAUUUAAAAUUACACUUUUAUUUUGAUGGGAAACACAACGCUGUUCCGGGUUCUGAUGUGCGCUCGGGGUUGGUCGAUGUUCUCUGCAGUCAAACGCCUUACCAAUCGAUUGUGUAACGUAAUGGGUUUCAAAUUGAAUGUACCGCGAACUACCUCACACCAGUUUCUACAAUCGUGUCAACUUCGAUAGAACGAAGGGUAUCUCAAAUACAAAUUGUGCAUGCCGCAUGGUUUUAAGCAUGUCGACAAAGAAAUUGGCUAAAGAAUUGGGAUUACUGAGGAAGCGUCGCCAGGCCACCGAAAAUAAGGCAUUUAUUGUCUGUAAUCAAAUAUUCUCAUACUUGAUUGUGAUUGACUUUGAGUCCACAUGCUGGAGAGAGAAAAACAAUUAUGGCCAAGAAAUAAUUGAGUUUCCUGCUGUUCUACUCAACACGUCCACGGGGGAAAUAGACUCCGAGUUCCAUACCUACGUCCAGCCACAGGAGCAUCCAGUUCUCUCUGAAUUCUGCACUGAGUUGACUGGCAUUACACAGAGGCAGGUGGAAGCAGGGAUUCCCCUCCACAUCUGUCUCUCUCGGUUCAGUCGCUGGUUACAGACCCUGCAGCUUCAGAAAGGGUUGACCUUACCAGGGGAACGAUCAUCAUCCACUUCUUCAGCCCUUCAAAAGCCUUGUGCCUUUGUCACAUGGUCCGACUGGGACCUUGCCGUGUGCCUGCAGUAUGAGUGUAAGCGCAAGCAGCUCCACAAACCUGAUGUGCUUAACAGCUGGAUCGACCUCCGAGCCACCUACAGACUUUUUUACAGUAGAAAACCCAAAGGGCUGAAUGGGGCGUUACAAGAUUUGGGGAUCCAGUUUUCCGGACGAGAGCAUUCUGGUCUGGAUGAUUCCCGUAAUACUGCUCAGCUGGCAUUGAGGAUGAUGAGGGAUGGCUGUGUGAUGAAGCUCACCAGAACGCAGGAGAGGGUGAGUGGCUGCCUGACAACCCGUCCGCUCUUCCCCCCGCUACUAACCGCUCCACUGCUUGUCUCCCCAAAGAACCAUGCCAGGCGCCAAUGAAGCCCAAGCCCCUGUUCGGAAAUGCACCUGUAGAAAACAAGGAAAGUAAAGAAAACAUGGCUCCAGAUGAAAAGACGCUGUCCAGCGAAGAAACACCGGCAAAGAGAUCACUUCAGAUAAAAACGUGUUCAAAGACCAAUGUUCCACUUUCGGACACAAAGAGAAACGGAAACACAAUACAGGAACCUUUUCAAGAAUAUAAAAGCCUGGUCUCUCCCAGGACCCUGCUGAAUGGUACAACGACACCUCUGCUGGGGAAGGGCACUGUGGCGGGUAAAAAGACGACCAUGGACCUUUUCUCUCCAGUCCUGGUAAAUGCUCCUUCACGCCGGGACAAUAGCAACAGCCUUGUUCUCUGCUCCACCACUGUGGGAUCCAUAUCACACCUGCCGCAGGUCCGUCCGACCUUUGAACCCCAGACAGCGAUGCUGGAACACACAAAGGAAGGCACGGAGACGGAUAUCUCGGUGGACACGGAGGAGUGGCACGGAUGUUAUGACUACGAGGUGUUGGAUGGGGAUGAUGGUGUCAAUGCCGAUUUGUAUGAAUCACUUGAUGCAAACGACAAUAGCGGGGAGAGUUCUUUGUCAAAAUAUGUAAAUUCCUCCAUCCUCAUACCUCAUCAGAUCAAUGUAAUUGCAAAGAACAAGACAGUUUUUGUUAACAGAAACGGAAACGGUCCAAAAUUAGAAGCUAGUUCCUUAUCUAAUAACAUUAAGCCAUCUUCUUUGGUCUGUGUAAAUGAAAUAAGACAGCUCCCUCAUGCCUCAUUGGCAAAUAGAUCAGCUCUAAGAUCAAAUUCAAUAACAUCUAAUCAACCUAAAGUUGUUUCCAGUAAUAUUCGUUUACAUGUUCAAGAUAACUCAAAGGCUCCUCAGAAUAAAUCAAGAACAGGGAACUCGUCCUCACUCAUCACACACAAGGCCAAUGUCCAAGAGAGGACUUUGGAAUCCUACUUGUUGGCAAAGCCCACACCAGUCAUCAUUCAGCACCAUGGAACCAGACCAUGCUCCAAGAAACCCAAUGGAAAGGAUGCGGGCUCUUUUAUCUAUAGCGACACAGCAGAAAAUCCCCGUCCUACCUCCGCUCAUUCCCUCCGCACCCCACAGAGUGCCAUCCCCUCUAUCUCAAGCAACCCCAUUUCCAGUCGAUCUUGCCCGUUGACAACCACACGUUCAUCCCUCCAACAUCCAUCCAGACCAUGGCCGCCCAGGAUCACUGCUCCGCUGUGCGGAUGUGGACGCCGGGCGAAACGGCAGACCGUGUGCAAUGGCGGUCCCAAUCAAGGACUUGGAUUCUACUGCUGUCCAGUGCGCCGGUCGGGCUCCGGGAAUAUGAUUCAGAACGGCUGCAAGUUCUUUAAGUGGGAGUCCGCGCUGAUUAAGGACCACUCACCGGCCAAUUCAUGUGUCCAGUCUUCGAUUUCUCUGCAUGUUCUUCGUCGUCCGCAACUGUCGUCAACCUCAAGGAAGAGCUACUAACUAACUUGGAAAAUGUAAUAUUCAUUUAAUGAACUAAAGUAAAAAAAAAAAAAAGGUUAAAUGGUAUGAUGCAAAGGAAUGAUUUGUUUACCAAAUAAAGGUGUAACGAGUUGCUGUUACGAUAUGAAUUAUGUAAA